UUGAAAGAGCGUUAUUGAUUAGCGCUUCUGCUGUCCCACUAAAUGAAUUAGAUAAGUGUGUGUGUGUGUGUGCGCGUUGGCCCCCUAGGGCUCAAUGAAGAGGGGAGGCGGGGCCCCAGCAAGUGGGCGGGGUCACUGGAUAGCAGUUGCAGAGCCCCCCACACUGAAGAAGAGCAGGGAAAGGACAAGCAGCAAGCCAUGGAGGAAAAGGUGCUUUUACUUUGAAAUCGACCGAUCGCGUCACUUUCAAACCCCAAAAAGAUGACCUUCGACCUGAUGAGGCUGUGGAUCCUAAGCGUUGUCCUGGUCAGAGCAAUCCGCGGAGCGCGGGUGCUGAGUGGUCAGACGGUGUGUUUGGGCGAGGGAGCGCAGCCCUGCUACAAGAUGGCCUACUUCCACGACGUCUCCAGCCGCGUGGCCUUCAGGGAGGCCGAGCUGGCGUGUCACAUGGACGGCGGCUCGCUGCUCAGCAUUGAAAGUCCCUCCGAGCAGGAAGACAUCGAACACCUGCUGCAGGAGUUGCGCUCAGGAGCAGGAGGAGGCGGAGCUGGAAUAGCAGAUGGAGACUUCUGGAUCGGUCUGACUCGGGUGGACAGCGAGGACCAUAAAGCUCCCAACGUCGCCACUUCCUGUCCACAGCUCUACAGGUGGACCGAUGGCAGCAUGGCAACCUUCAGGAACUGGUAUUUCGACGAGCCGUCCUGUGGUGGAGAAUCCUGCGUGGUCAUGUACCACCAGCCGGCGGCACUUCCUGGAGUGGGCGGGGCUUACCUCUAUCAGUGGAAUGAUGACCGAUGCAACAUGAAGCACAACUUCAUCUGCAAAUAUUCACCGGGGCGCCAGCUGGGAGAGGAACAUGGCGGCACAGCUGGUGGGCGGGGCACAGAGGCCACACAGGACAGUGCUGGUGAGCUACUUCCUCCUCAGGUCACAUUAGCCGGAACCUCAGGCAUGCUGCUGCUCUAUGUCAUCAUUCCCACCAUUCCUCUCAUGCUGCUCAUCCUGGUGGCUGCUGGGAGUUGUUGUUUCCACACGCUCAGCAGAAGUCCGUCCCGCACCAAAGUAGCUGUGAGACAAUCCAACCUGUGGAUCUCCAAGGCGCCCAAGGCCGACGCCAUGGAGGUGUGACCGUCAAAGCUGCUGCCGAACACGCUUUAAACCAAUCAAGGGGAAAGGGGUGGAGUCUGCUAAUCAAAUGUAUGUGACAAUGUGACAUGUGAUCUUUAUUGUCCACUAAGAGCCAACAGGACAUCAAGCUAAUCAUGAAAUCAAGUUUGUUACUGAAAUAAGUAGUCAUUAAAACUUUCAGCGCUUCAGCCAUGUGAAAAAAUUUUGGUAUCUCUGGUAUUUAAGUUUUAUUGACAACUUUGCAUUAA